AUGACUCUGGUCAAGAAAGACUCUACCACUGCUGCUGGGAUGAGUGACUCUCAGGAGAGAGAGGAGGCUGCAGGUCCCAGUGAGACACUCAAACCAGAGUCUGCAGCACACGGCUUUAGGACCAUGAAGAAUGCUGAAGACAUGGCUGAUCCUGGGUCACCAACACACUCUGAUGAUGGAGGAUUUGUUCACGAUGACAUUCAUUGUCGUAAUCUGCUCGAAUUGCCUGUAGGUCUAGAUAACCUUUGUGUCUUUGUAAACCCGGACAUAAGCUUGACUUCUGCAAUGAACCACCACACUCUGGAACCAAACUUCAGCGGUGAACCACCACACUCUGAACCCAAACCGAAGACACACAGACCUCCAUCUCCAGUGCCCAGAUGUGUUUCUAUAAAGAGUGAUGUGUCCCUCCCUCGUCCUCCAGACUUCAGCAGUGGACCACCACACUCUGAACCCAAACCGAAGACACACAGACCUCCAUCUCCAGUGCCCAGAUGUGUUUCUAUAAAGAGUGAUGUGUCCCUCCCUCGUCCUCCAGACUUCAGCAGUGGACCACCACACUCUGAACCCAAUGAGUUGACGGCUGAUCAGUUGAUGGGUGGAGUACAUAAACAGGUACUGAGUGUAAACAUCACCUGUGAACACAACAUCAACAAGAUCACAGAUAAUGAGGUCCUGAGGAGAGUUAAAGAGAACCAGAAAGCCAGUCUGAAGAAGAGGUUUGAGAACAUAUCUGAAGGCAUCAUCAAAGCUGGAGCUGAAAUACUACUUAAUGAGAUCUACACAGAGCUUUACAUCACAGAGGGAGAGAGUGAAGGUGUGAAUAAGGAACAUGAGGUCUGGCAGGUAGAGUCGGCAUCCAGAGUACAAACUACAGAAGACACAACAAUCAACUGCAAUGAUAUCUUCAAGCCCUCACCUGGACAAGAUAAGCACCUAAGAACUGUGAUGACCAAAGGUGUUGCUGGCAUUGGAAAAACAGUCUCAGUGCAGAAGUUCAUUCUUGAUUGGACAGUUGGGGUAGCCAAUCAGGAUGUAGACUUCAUGUUCCCCCUUUCCUUCCGUGAGUUGAAUUUGUUGAGGGGUGAAAAAUACAGUCUUCACAAGAUACUGCUUGACUUCCACCCUGAGCUGAAGGAGCUGAAUGACGGUGAUGAAUACAAAGACUGUCGGGUUGUGUUCAUCUUUGAUGGUCUGGAUGAGAGUCGGUUAAAUCUGGAUCUGGAACAGAACAAUAAGUUGUCUGAUGUAAAACAAACAUCAUCAGUGGAUGUUCUGAUAGCGAGCCUCAUUCAGGGAACUCUGCUUCCCUCUGCACUCAUCUGGAUAACCUCACGACCAGCAGCAGCCAGUCAAAUUCCUGCUCAGUAUAUCAACCAGGUAACAGAAGUACGAGGAUUCAAUGAGCCACAGAAGGAGGAGUACUUCAGGAAGAAAAUCAGUGAUGAUGGUCAGGCCAACAGAAUCAUCUCACACAUUAAGGCAUCCAGGAGUCUCCACAUCAUGUGCCACAUCCCAGUAUUCUGUUGGAUUGCAGCUACUGUACUUCAGCAGAUGUUGGAACAGGACAACACCCAGGCAAUACCCACAACUCUGACUGAGAUGUUCAUACAGUUCUUGCUCAUCCAGACCACAAGAAAGAAUCAGAAAUAUCAAGAAAGACAUGAAACAGAUAAGAAUAGGGUCUUGGAAUCACAGAAAGAAAUCAUUCUAAAGUUAGCUGAAAUGGCCUUUAAUAAUCUAGAGGAAGGUAAACUGAUAUUUUAUGAGGAAGACCUGCAGAAGUGUGGCAUUGAUGUCAGUGAAGCCUCAGUGUACUCUGGCAUGUGCACUGAGAUCUUCAAGGUAGACUCUGAGUUUCAUCAGAGGAAAGUCUACUGCUUUGUGCAUCUGAGCAUCCAGGAGUUUCUGGCUGCACUUCAUGCAUUCAUUUCAUAUCUGAAGAAGGAUCGGAAGACAAUAAGAUCCCUUUGUGGGAACAUAUGGCUCUGGACUAUAUCACUGGGUGAGCUUCUAAAGGAGGUAGUGGACAAAGCUUUGGCCAGCAGGAAUGGACACCUGGAUCUUUUCCUUCGUUUCCUUAUGGGCAUCUCUCUGGAGAGCAAUCAGAGACUUCUGCAAGGUCUACUGAACCACACAUACAGCACCACAGAGAAAGACAUUAAGGAAAUCUGUCAGUAUAUAAAAGAGCUCAAUAGUAAAGGCCUCUCUCCUGAAAGAUGCAUCAAUCUUUUCUACUGCUUAUUUGAAAUGAAUGAUCAUUCCAUGCACCAACAAAUUAAAAAAUAUCUGGAGUCACCAAAGGAUUUCAAAGGCCAGUUGUCUCCUGCUCACUGUUCAGCACUGGCCCACAUGCUUCUGAUGUCUGAGAAGGUGCUGGAUGAGAUUGACCUGAAGAAAUACAACACAUCAGAUGAGGGGCGCAGGAGACUGAUCCCAGCUGUGAGGUGCUUCAGAAGGGCACGACUUGCUGACUGCAAACUCACAGAUAAGUCAUGUGAUGUUGUGGCCUCAGUUCUGCAGUCACCAAACUCCCUGAUAGAGCUGGACUUGAGUAACAAUGACCUGGGAGAUUCUGGAGUUCAGCUUCUUUCUGAAGGACUGUCUAGUCCCCACUGCAAACUGCAGACAUUAAGACUCGCUGGCUGCAAACUCACAGAAAAGUCCUGCGAGCAUGUGGCCUCAGUUCUGCAGUCACCAAACUCCCUGAUAGAGCUGGACCUGACGGAUAAUGAGCUGACAGAUUCUGGAGUUCAGCUUCUGUCUAAAGGACUAUCUAGUCCCCAUUGCAAACUGCAGAUGUUAAGACUCGCUGGCUGCAAACUCACAGAUAAGUCAUGUGAGCUUGUGGCCUCAGUUCUGCAGUCUCCAAACUCCCUGAUAGAGCUGGACCUGAGUGACAAUGACCUGGGAGAUUCUGGAGUUCAGCUUCUUUCUAAAGGAUUGUCUAGUCCCCACUGCAAGCUGCAGAUAUUAAGACUCGCUGGCUGCAAAUUCACAGAAAAGUCCUGCGAGCAUGUGGCCUCAGUUCUGCAGUCACCAAACUCCCUGAUAGAGCUGGACCUGAAGGAUAAUGAGCUGACAGAUUCUGGAGUUCAGCUUCUGUCUAAAGGACUAUCUAGUCCCCAUUGCAAACUGCAGAUGUUAAGACUCGCUGGCUGCAAACUCACAGAUAAGUCAUGUGAGCUUGUGGCCUCAGUUCUGCAGUCUCCAAACUCCCUGAUAGAGCUGGACCUGAGUGACAAUGACCUGGGAGAUUCUGGAGUUCAGCUUCUUUCUAAAGGAUUGUCUAGUCCCCACUGCAAGCUGCAGAUAUUAAGACUCGCUGGCUGCAAAUUCACAGAAAAGUCCUGCGAGCAUGUGGCCUCAGUUCUGCAGUCACCAAACUCCCUGAUAGAGCUGGACCUGAAGGAUAAUGAGCUGACAGAUUCUGGAGUUCAGCUUCUGUCUAAAGGACUAUCUAGUCCCCAUUGCAAACUGCAGAUGUUAAGACUCGCUGGCUGUAAACUCACAGAAAAGUCCUGCGAGCAUGUGGCCUCAGUUCUGCAGUCACCAAACUCCCUGAUAGAGCUGGACCUGAAGGAUAAUGAGCUGACAGAUUCUGGAGUUCAGCUUCUGUCUAAAGGACUAUCUAGUCCCCACUGCAAACUGCAGAUGUUAAGACUUGCUGGUUGCAAACUCACAGAUAAGUCCUGUGAGAUUGUGACUACUGUUCUGCAGUCACCAAACUCCCUGAUAGAGCUGGACCUGAGUGACAAUGACCUGGGAGAUUCUGGAGUUCAGCUUCUUUCUAAAGGACUGUCUAGUCCCCACUGCAAGUUGCAGACAUUAAGACUUGCUGACUGCAAACUCACAGAUAAGUCCUGUGAACUUGUAGCCUCAGUUCUACAGUCUCCAAAUUCCCUGAUAGAGCUGGACCUGAGUAACAAUGACCUGGGAGAUUCUGGACUCCAGCUUCUUUCUAAAGGACUGUCUAGUCCCCACUGCAAACUGCAGACAUUACGACUUGCUGGUUGUAAACUCACAGAUAAGUCCUGUGAGCUUGUGGCCUCAGUUCUACAGUCACCAAACUCCCUGACAGAGCUGGACCUGAAUAACAACAACUUGGGAGAUUCUGGAUCUGAGAGGAAUGUGACGGAACGUAGCCACGCCUCCACUUCCUAUGAACCUGAUAGCUUAGUCAAGGCUCACCUGCCGGUGCUACUGCAGCAGUUGUUGUCGCUCGUAACCCACCACCUGCCCGCUCGUCUCCCGUUCACCUCCCGUCUCACUUGUGAUGGGGGUGCUGAUCUCACCAGAUGCUGCCAGUGCAGCCAGUCAGUGGGAUCCAGCGGGGCACUUCAGGACCACGGCCAGCGACCAACACCCAACUGCUACCUCUGCUUCUCUGUUCACGAGGAGCUCGUCAGGACCCUGACUAGUGACCUAGACAAAGCGCUCCCACAUUGA